AUGCAUCCUGAAUCACCGACAAGGGGAAGAGACACUCAUGGUUGUCUUAAAACACCACACAAAUACAUCUGCAAUUCCAUUCCUCCUGCCAAUAUGUCCACUACCCCCCGUCGCACUGGUCUAAUCGGCUUGUCAUCCUCCGCCAUCACCUCCUGGGCGGCCGAUGGCCACCUGCCGGCAAUCCAGAGUACUGCAGGUCGAGAGCUCUACCAGAUCACAGCUCUCUGCAACAGCAGUGUGGCCGCUGCAGAAUCCGCCAUCCGGACCUACCAGCUGGACCCGACCACCGUGAAACCUUAUGGCAACCCAGAUGAUCUGGCCGCCGAUCCCGCCAUCGAUCUCGUCAUCUGCAAUACGCGCGUCGACAAGCAUUACGAGACCGUACUGGCCAGUGUCCGCGCUGGCAAGUCCGUCUAUAUCGAGUGGCCCAUUGCCAGCUCGCUGGCCCAUGUGGACGACCUGCUCGCCGUAGCGCGUGCUAGUGGGGCGCGGGUGGCCGUAGGCCUCCAGGGCCGCUUUGCUCCCGCCGUGCUUAAAGUCAAGGAGGUCCUGCGCUCUGGCCAGCUUGGUCGCCUGCUGAGCACAGAAGUCCGUGGCUUUGGCGGCACGUUCGAUCGAGAGUUUCUGCCCCCGGGUCUGAAGUACUUUUCGCAGAAGGAAGUGGGCGGCAAUUCCAUCGUCAUUGGUUUUGGUCAUAUGAUUGAUUAUGUCCAAUCCGUCGUGGGGAAUGUGGUUGUCGGCACCGAUGAAGCGCGUACCCAGAUCCAGCGGCCUCGUAUCCGCAUUCGUGAUCCCCAGACACGGGAGAUCGUGGAAGAGGUUGACUCAGAUGUACCGGAUUUAUUGAGUGUGCAUGGGUCCCUGCCUGAAUCACCCUAUACAGUCCCCGGGGCCACUCUAGUGGUAUAUUUUGCGCGAGGUCAACCUUUCCCGGGAGACCCAUCGCUCUCGUGGACGCUGAACUGCGAAGCGGGAGCCAUUCGUUUGUCGGCGCCUGCAGGGAUAUCGCUGCAGGCGGACGCGUACCAGAACCCGGCAACCAUUUCGGUUCACCACCACGCCACGGACACAGUGGAGGCCGUGGAGUGGUCGUGGUCGGAGGACCAGCUGGAGUUGCCGGUCAAGGCCCGUUCCGUCCAGCGGACCCUGAUCGAUUUUGCCAAGGGCAACCCCGACGGUUACGUGUCGUUGGAAGAAGCCGCCGGUCGGGCCAGGCAACUGGCUCGGUGGUUGGAUGGCUCUAACAAAUGA